AUGCGGCUCAACAACAUUGAUCCCGGCUUCCAAGUCGUCGAAACCGUUCCCGAGAUGCCUGCGGAAUGGAUAACGACAAAGAAUAGUGCUGCGCGUUUCGCCAACAGAGCUGUAAGCGCGAGCGAGACGGUUGGCACCGCCGAAGAGCUGGUAUUCGUCGACGACCUCGAUUGCUUUGUCCCAAAAAGCCAGGUUCCUGACCUAAACAAAUGUUUCGAUAAAUCGAGGGAGCACCUGGGUCGCUUUGAAAGCACCCUUCAAAGGUUCGCCCAGAACAUGGAAACUCGGAAAGCGUUGAAAAGCUUUGGGUACAAGUCAAACGAUACAGCAUGUUUGAACCUCACCGAUGUCUUCAUCAUCGCAAACAGAGUCGUCGAACAGCGAGAUGGUACGGGGAGUUGGGGGGCUUGCAAAAGCUUUGCCCGAAGAUGUGUUCGGAGUGCCAAUAGCCAAGACUCGGCGCUUGGAGCAAUCAUGUCUAUGGUACCUAGCGGUGACUACGGCUCUGUUCUUUCUGGAGGGAUCAUGACUAUUCUUGCUGUUGCACAUGAACAUGAGAAAAAGCGACAGUCCAUUGAGAACGCAUUGGCAGAUAUCCCAAAGAAGUUGGAUAAGAUCAAGCGCCUGUCGGAUGUUCAUAUAAAGUCCAAACGUCUGCACGGAAAGGCUGAUGGAAUCCUGGUGGCCACAUUUGUGGUCCUUGAAGAGAUUGUUAACGACCUCACCAUGGACUGGAAAGCCAAAACGAAAACGAAGAUCAAAAACUUUGGGACUGAGGACAAGGUGGCUGACGCGUUAACGUUACUGGACAGCAGCAUAUCGGAAUUCCAAGACGAACUACAGGUCUGCAGCGAACGCCGUAUGGGGAGAAUGCAUGAAGCCAUAACUGAGAACGGAACACUACUAAAAACUGUUGAGGAACUCGCCCAAGUGACGGACUUGAGAGAAGACAGGGUCAAUGCCAUUGCCUUUCAGAACAAACUUCUAGACGUUGUCAAUUCUCUUACUCGUUUGUACGCGAGUCAUCCUAACUUCAAUCCCGUCAACGGCGGUGUGAAAAGUAAAGAGCCGUUAGCAAUACAGCCUGCGCAUCCCGUGGAAACAAGCAGCAGUGUCAAGGAAGACGAGAGUUUGAACCUGGCCACCAGGAACGCCAAAAUUGUGAAGAAAUGGGUUGACACCAUCAAAGAUUUUGAGCCAAGUUCGGAGAAACACUUGAGAGGGUGCAUCCGUGCCGGCCUCGGCCAGUUAACGUCCGACGACAGAGAGAAAAGCCAGUGGAUAAUGUCUUCUUCUAAGCUUCGAGACUGGCUUCGCCUUGACAGGCGAAGCAUCCUGGCCGUUAAAGCGGAAAACGCCCCGCAAGAGCUUUUCAACCCGUUCUCUUUCACAGCCGCCAUACUGGCUGAGACAUUGCAGAGGUCUACAAAUUACGCUGUCUUGUCUUUUUUCUGCGGGCUUAGGAAGAACGACAAUUUCGACAGCGAAUUCUGCGACCCCAUGGCGUGUGUCAAAAGCCUCAAUGGCCAGCUCUUGAAGUUUUGUCUUGAAAAGCGGCCUGAUGUCGAUUUGUCCCAACUCCAACAACGACAACAGAACAAAAGACUGAUGAAGAACUCAACCAAGAAGCUAGAGUAUGCUGUCAAACUUCUUCGGGGGUUGCUUAAGUCUUUGGAAGAUCAGGACGUCAUCUUCAUAAUCCUUGAAUCUUGGUCGCGAAUACGAGGGGACAGAGAUGAAGCAGACUGGGUCAUCGAGAAGUUGUGCAAAGCAGUGGCCGGAUUUCCUCAGUUGAAAAUUAAGCUGCUUGUCCUGGACGCUCUUCCUGGUGAUCCAGUUUACGAUUUCGAUAUGACAUCAACUCUCUAUGUUCCGGAAGAGAUUGACGGGUGGCAAAAUGACGUUAGUCUGAGUCGGUUGGAGGGAACCAGCCUCAACAUGGUGGAUGAGCUUGAGAGGAGGCGACACAAGGACAGCGAUUGCUCGUCUGGAUCUGAUUCAGAUGAUUCGGAGGAAGAUUAG